UGCCGCCGUCGGGGUGCUGCGGCGAUGGGUGCCCGCGGCGGCUCGGGGCUGUACGUGGGACGCGGCACGGCAGCUCUGGUGGUCGCAGUGCUGCUGUCGCUGCUGGCCGUGCUGUUUGCCCUCGCCGCUCUGUACGGGCGCUGCCGGCACCCGCCGCUCCCCUCCCGCCCCGCGGCAGCUCCCGGUCCGGACCCCGGCGUGCCCGGUGCCCCGACGGCGGUCUCGCUGCGACGGCUGCCGCGGCACCUGCUGCCGCUGCACUACGAGCUGGAGCUGUGGCCACGGGUGCGGCCGGGGCAGGAGGGACCCUUCGGCUUCAGCGGGCAGGUGAACAUCACGGUGCGCUGCCGGCGGGACACGCGGAGCGUGGUGUUGCAUAGCGCCGGUCUGCACAACCACCGAGCCGCCGUCCUCGGGCCGGGAGCUGCCCUGGAGGUGGAGGGGCUGCGGCUGGAGGAGGAGGGCGAGCUGGCGGUGCUGGAGCUGCGUGAACCACUGCUGGCCGGGCGGCAAUACGUGCUGCAGCUGAGCUUCCACGGCCGCCUGCGGGAGGACCGCGAGGGGCUCUUCCUCACCCGCUACACCGACCUGGGCUGCAGCAGCAUGCUGGUUGCAUCCCAACUGGAACCAGCGUAUGCCAGGACAGUGUAUCCAUGUUUUGAUGAGCCUGACAUGAAGGCCACAUUUAAUAUCAGAAUUGUCCAUGACCCAAGCUACAUGGCUCUUUCCAACAUGCCUCCUAUUGAUGUAUCUGAAAUGAAGGAUGAAAAUGGAAGCCUGUGGAGUGUUACCACGUUUAACACUUCAUUGAAAAUGUCAACUUACUUAACUGCUUUUGUGGUCUGUGAUUUCGACUACGUCAACAGAACAGAGAGAGGAAUCGAGAUACGUAUUUGGGCUCGGAAAGAGGCAGUUAAAAAUGGGUACGUUGACUAUGCUUUGAAUAUCACAGGCCCAAUAUUUUCAUUUCUGGAAGACUUAUUUAACAUCAGCUACCCUCUGCCAAAGAUAGAUCUGGUUGCACUGCCUGAAUUUGGAGCAGGCGCAAUGGAAAACUGGGGACUAAUGACUUUUGAAGAAUCAGCAUUGCUGUACCUCCCAAAUGAUAAAUUUACAGGCAGAAAGACAAUUAUUGCCUUAAUUGUGUCACAUGAGCUAGCACACCAGUGGUUUGGUAAUCUGGUUACAAUGACCUGGUGGAAUGAUCUGUGGCUUAAAGAGGGCCUGGCAUCUUACCUUGAGAACCUGGGAGUUACCUUUGUUGAACCCAAGCUUUCGCUGCAUGAAAUCUUUUAUGAUCACAUCGUACAACCUGUAUUAAGCCAAGAGUAUGACGUAGAAGUUCGAUCGCUGUCAGAAAGGGAAGACAAGGUCAACGGGUCAUUUUCAUUAGCAUCUCUGUUUGACAGCAUCACAUACAACAAGGGGGCUUCUAUUACAUGGAUGCUUUCUGGUUUUCUGACUGAGAAGUUGUUUACCAGAGCUUUAAAUUCAUAUCUGAAGGAAUUUGCCUUUUCAAAUGCCAACCAAGAUGAUCUGUGGACCCACAUACAGUUGGUAAUAGAUACACAAGAUGAAGUUCAGUUGCCAGCAUCUGUAAAAAAAAUAAUGGAUUCCUGGACAUGUCAAAAUGGAUUUCCAGUUUUAACAGUAAAUAUCACCACCGGCACUAUAAGUCAGGAAAAAUUUCAUAAUAAAAAGCAUGAAAACAGUACGGAUUCUUACAACAAUACCUGGAUUGUUCCUAUUUCUUGGAUGAGAAAUGGGUCAUCACAGCCCUUAAUGUGGCUUGACAACAGCAGCAAAGUGUUUCCUGAAAUGCAAGUGUCAGAAUCAGAAUAUGACUGGAUCCUACUAAAUGUAAAUUUAAGUGGAUACUACAGAGUGCACUACGAUCAGCUGAACUUGAAAAGAUUAGUACACCUGCUUGAAAAUGAUCCAAAGGCUAUUCCUGCUGUCAGCAGGUUCCAGCUGCUAGAUGACAUGUUUGCGUUGACACAGUCUGGAUAUACUGAGAUUGAAGCUGCACUCGAACUAACAAAGUACCUUGCUGGAGAAGAUGAACUCUUCAUAUGGAAUGUGGUACUGGCAAAUCUUGUGCCUGACAACGUGGAGAGCACUCUGAAAAGUUAUGAAGUAUACCCGCUUUUGAAGAAAUACCUUUUAAAGAGAAUGUUGCCAAUAUACCGUUAUUAUGCAGGUUUUAUUCGUCAAAAUGUUGAUGCUCUGGAAGAUGACUAUUUUGCUCAAGUGUAUUUGGAAAAAUUUCUUGCAACAGCAUGCUGGCUGGGUCUCCAAGACUGUUUGGAUCUGUCAUCUGAACUGUAUACUAAGUGGAUGGACAACCCUGAGUACAAAAUUCCAUUUUUAAUUAGAAGAACGGUCUGUUGCUAUGGCGUUGCAGUGGGAAGUGAACAAGAAUGGGAUUUUGCAUGGGAAAUGUAUAAACAUAAUGACUCCACAACGGAAGAUAAAGACAUCCUCCUCUCUGCCAUGAGCUGUGCCAAAGAAUCGUGGUUACUUCACAGAUCCUUGCGGUAUGGGCUCAGUGAUGCACGGUUUUCUUCCAACUGUACUACAAACAUCCUUGAGUAUGUAGUUUCUAAGGACACCGGACACCGUAUAGCCUGGGAAUUUGUUACAGAAAAUUGGUCACUUUUAAGUGAAAGGUAUGGGAAGGAAAUAUUACACGUCGUGUUAAAAAUCAUGGGAAGAUUUGUCAAUACAGAUGUACAGAUCCAAGAGUUGCAGGUUUUCUAUAAUAAUACACUAGAAGAGGACGAGAGAGAAACUGCUACUCUGCUUCUGGAGACUGCAAAAACUGAAAAUAUGGAAAGGAAAGAACUUCUAACUAGAGUUGCUGAUUGGCUAGAUAAAAAUAUAGACGACUGACUGGGGAAAAUAAUUUCCAGUGUAUUUUAGAGUGUGAUUCAGUAGCACAUUGAUAUUUCAAGAUGUAAUUAAAGGUAGAACAAAACUUUAUGAUGCUUGAGAUCAUCUUCCCAACUGGAAAUUCAGGCUAAACCAAUUCAAAAAGAAAAGAGAAGUUCUGAUUUCAGACCAGAAAUAAGAUAUAUGUAGGUUGUUUCGAAAGUAAUUCCUCAUAUUUAGUACUACAGAAACUACAGCAUAUAAAAAGAGCAUGUUAACACCAUCAGAUAGAGCAAAUUCUCAGCUACAAAACAUUAUCCUUCAACCUGGUCACCACAUUAGGUGUGCAUUCUUGCCAAUGUUGAACAAAAGCCAGCAUGUUUAUUCAUAAAAAUCUGUGCUGGCAGAGGAGACCAACAGUUCCACAGCUGCUAUGAUGGCAUUAUUGCUAGGAAGAUGUUGCCUUCACAGUCUGUCAUUCAUCAGCUCCAGUUUUUUCCUCAUGAAGGAAUUCACUGAGACAGCCUUCAUAUGCACUCCCAUGUCAGAUGCCAUUCUGUCAGACUGCCCCUUUGCUGCCAUCUGUCACGCGGAAGCAACAUGGAAUGGGAUAGUGGAGGGAAGGCUCAGCCCCUACUGCCAAGUCACCAACAUCCACCUCUGACAUGGUUAGCCAACAUAAUAAAACAGGAGGCAUUAUUUUCAGAGCAGCCCUCAUAUAUUUUCCUGUUGUAUCUAAAUGUACUUCCUAAGGAAUGAGGGGGCCAUAGGGAUGUGUUGCUAAUAACCUACAGAUACAGUCCUAAAUUUCUUUUUUUAUGUUUUUCCCUAAAUCUCGGAAGAAAGGGUGUGGUACAAGUUUUUGGCAAAAGCCAGGAUGAAGUGGGAGAAGUUUUAUGUUCUAUUUUGCUUAUGAUCUACACUAUGGCCUAGGACGGGUCAUUUAAUAUGUUGCUUCAAUUCCAUGUUUGUAAAGUGAAUGGGGGAUAAUAAAUACAGUGAAACAUAAGCUUGUGAAUGCUUUCAGAUCUGUGGGGAGGAAUGAAAUAAAGAAACAUCAAAUUUUAAUUAUAAUAAAAAAUGCUUUAUUAUUAAAACUUCAAUUUUCCUUCUGUAAAGGUUUGUACUUAACAUCUCUACAUUUACAUUUAUGUUUUACUAGGAAUGUGCUUUUGAAGAGUUUCAUCUCGCUUACCGUGAUUCAGGGGGGAUGAACAGACAGAAUUUAGGCCUCCAGAGAACUAGAGUCAGCAAAAUAGACUUGCUUGUUUUUGAAGAAAUGUGAGGUCCCUGAUGUAUUUAUUUGUAUGGUAGUAAUGUUAUAACAAAGCUGUCUGUACUGAUGCUCUGGUUAAUGUAGAAAACAGGGUUGUAUGGGAAUAUAAGAGCCCCAAGAUAUAAGAGCCCCAACCAGCCUUACUGACACAAAGAGAUUUUCUCUGUUUACAGACUAACUACACUUAAGGUAAACACUGCCGUACGAACUGCAACAAAUCUUCUGUUCUCUCCCUUGUAGUUAUUGUGAGGAUACCUGAGGAUCCCUAGGGGAAUUAACAACUGGUGCAGCGAGGUUUGUGUUGGAACUGUUUCACCUCUUAAACAAGCUGAGUGCAGUCUUGAGGGUUUCCAUCAAGCUGAUUCAGACCGCAGUUAGGCUACAGUCACUAUUCCCACUUGUCGAACAACAGCUUUGCAUGAUUAGUCAGCAGAGGGGAUACACGAAACAUGAGAAAGUUGUUGCUGCAGGAUUUAUGGAUUGGAGGUUUUGUUAAAAAAAAAAUAGAAAUAAUUAAAAAAAAAAAAGUCCAUAAAGCUUGUACUUUCAAAGCAUUUUCUUCCAACCACAAGUAAACUCAUCACUUUCUAACCAUUCUUUCACUGCCUUGUUAUUCUUUUCUGGUCUUUUUUCUUCUUUCUACUGAACAAAAAUAUAACUAAAUAAAGCUGAUGUGUAAAGAAGGAUUGAGCAAUUUUAAACAACUGAGAGUGGUCAG